CUUAAGCCUUGCUGGCUCAAGAUCCCGGCUCAGUUUCAUUUCAACCUUACAAACGACAACAGCGAUCAAGUUUUCUUCUACAAACGUUAGCGAUAAUCAAGUUCGGUUUUACUGGACAUCUAGUGUGCAAAAGCAAGAUACAAAUGAAUCAAACGUUGAAUACUAGUAGCAUUUGGAAUACUUCGUUGGUUUUACUCUAAUGAACGAUUGCCUGUUUAAGCGGGAGUUUUUUGAAAAUGAUGGAAAUUGACAAGAAUACUAGUAUCCCUGGGGAUUCAGAAUUUAACUUGUUGAUCGGUACGAUUCCAUGUAUUAUAGUGAACGAUCAGGGCUUGCCUAAUCAGGAUAACCGAACAUUGGUUAAUAUGGAUGAUUCAGACAGCAUUGCUGGUGGUCCAGAAUCAAACCUUUCGAAUAAUACGAACCCAACUAGUAUGGUGAAGGAACAAGGUAUAUCUAGUAAGGAAAACCUAUCAUCGAUUAACAUGACUGAGACAAACAACAUUACUAUUGGCCUAGAAUCGAACCUUCAGAACGAUACAAAUCCAACAGUUAUGGUGAGAGAACUAAGUAUAUGUAGUCAGGAAAACAUAGCAUUGAUUGAAAUGGACGAGAUAAUUCCUAUACCUGUUGGUUCAGAACCAAACAAUUCGAACAAUACGAUUCCAACCGGUACGGCUACAGAAGAAUACACACCCAAUCAGGACAAUCAAGCUAUGGAUAUUUCCAGCCUUUGGGCAAUUGGAAUGCCCAAACCAAGUAUGAUCUGGAAGGCAGCCACAAUUGUGCUGACUUCUUUGGUCGCGCUGACUCCGCUGGAUCCCAAGUGGUUUGUUCAUGGUGUUUGAACUGGCUGGUGAUUUUCCGGAGUACUUCGUUCGUAUUGCGACUUACCGUGCGGAUCGUAGAUGGUGCCGGCUUUCGAUCGAGAUCGUCGCCCUGGCAGCGUUUGUAGUUUCGGCGAUCGGGGACGACCUCCUGUGGCGCGAUCAUGGUCCUUGUGGCAAAACUGAUUACCAUAGGGGCCAAGUUGCGAGAUGCCUGGGAAUGGUAUUGGGAGAAGAAGACGCUGCGUGUGGAGUGGACUGAGGUAUUUGCUAUUAUUGCUGAGCUAUUUGAAUUGAUUGCCUGGUUUUUGGGCGAAGACGGGAGAAGUGCAUCACUAAUCAAAAAUAUCUGGGCUUUUGAUGUUUUUCUUAGUACUGGCAUUUACGCGAGCAUUUACGUUAUAAAAAACAUUAGAAAAUUUAAGAUAUACAAAAUCUGUAGAACAUAUAUGUUAUAUUUGAAAAUUAGAAGAAAAUCCACCGAGAUUAGGAACGACGAUAUCGAGUUGAAAGAAAUAACUAUUUCUGCAUGACAAUUUUCUGUUAAAUACUGAAACAAUGACGUAUUAAUGUAACUAAUAAUAUAUGAUCUACAAUGGCAA